CAACGCGCUUCAUUCAGCAUCAGCACCAGCACAUCAGCAGGCUCGUCAGUGCAUCAAAUGGGCUGCCGACGGAGACGAGAGUUAAACACGGGUCGUGUUCUUUAACAAAACCCGGAUAACACUUACACCGGGAAUUAAACUGUAUGCGUUUCUUUCUUUUGUAAAAAAUAAAAAAGCAGGGAUCGGGGAAAGGAGAUGGCCACGAAAUGGAAGAUGUGGGAGUGGGAGGAAGCCGGUCCCGCUGUGUUCUCGCUGUCCGCUUCGCCUCUUGCCUUGCAUGUAUAGCGGUAAUGCUGGGUUCAUCCUUCGCUCUUCUUCACUCCGUUGCUCGUCGGUACGCCGUGAGAUUCGGACGGGAAAGCCGCGCAUCCCUCCUUUCUCCCCCUUCUCCUUCUUAUAUCUGCCCGCUGACAUGCGGCUGCCCUGUCUUUGCCUGAUUUCCUGCUCGUGUUUGUGACAUGACCGCGAAGGGGAAAAGAAAAAAGGGACACAGACCCGGAGCCGGACGCGUGGAUUUCAAGAGAAAGGAGAGACGAUAAGAAAUCAUAAGGUGAAUGGUUAAAAGAUGGGGACGCGCUACUGAUGGGGGGGACCUUCACGUAUACAGCCUAGCCUGGUGAGCAACCGAGAAGGAUUCCCCUAAACAUCGCUGCUGUUGUGAUACUGCCGCUGGCUGUCUUUGAAAUAGCUCAGAAUUCGCGUUUUUUAAAAUUGGCAUUUAUUAAUUUGAAUUAUUGUUUUAUAUAUUCAUUCAUUUAAACGAUAAAUUUAUUUAAUACAAAAUAUUUUAUUUAUUUAUUUAUUUAUUUAUUUAUUUAUAAAUAUUUAUUAUUAUUAUUAUUAUUAUUAUUAUUAUUAUUAUUAUUAUUAUUAUUAUUUAGUUAAUUAAUGAACGCGAACCAUGGGUUGCAUACAAAGCAUCACUUGCAAAUCCAGGAUCAAAAGAGAGAACAUCGUGGUAUAUGAUGUGUCCGCUACUAUUGAUCAGUGCCCCACGGUGAUCGAGGAGAACUCCCCGAUUGUUUUAAGGUACAAGACCCCGUACUUCAAGGCGUCUUCCCGGGUGGUGAUGCCCCCGGUCCCCCGGAACGAGACUUGGGUGGUCGGCUGGAUCCAAACCUGUAACCAGAUGGAAUUCUACAACACGUACAGCGACGCGGGCAUGUCCAGCUGGGAACUGCCCGACCUGCGUGAAGGCAGGGUGAAAGCCAUCAGCGACUCAGACGGGGUCAGCUACCCUUGGUACGGCAACACCACGGAGACGGUGACGCUGGUCGGCCCCACCAGCAAGGUCUCCCGCUUCACCGUCAGCAUGAACGACAACUUCUACCCUAGCGUGACCUGGGCCGUGCCAGUCAGCGACAGCAACCUGCCCAUGCUGACCCGCAUCAAACGGGACCAGAGCUUCACCACCUGGCUGGUGGCUCUCAACACCGCCACCAAGGAGAAGAUCCUGCUGCAGACCAUCAAGUGGAGGAUGCGGGUGGACAUCGAGGUGGACCCCUAUCAGCCCCUGGGACAGCGUGCGAGGCUGGUGGGGCGAGCGCAGCAGGAGCAGCCCAGAGUGCUCACCAGGAUGGAGGCGAUCCCUGCCAACGCCCUGGUCAAACCCAACGCCAACGACGCGCAAGUGCUCAUGUGGAGACCCAAGAGAGGACCCCCGAUGGUGGUCAUUCCUCCCAAAUAGGACCGUUUACCUUCAAACAGGAGGAUUUGAAAAGCAAAACUAAGCAACAGUGAAGAUAGAUACUCACGCGUCUAUCCGGUAACACGAAUGCAGUUCAUUUCGAGGCAGUAGGGACAUGCAUUUGGCCGACUGGCAAGACGAGACAGGAGGUGAUGGCAGUCCUGUUAAAGCUAUACUGAUGCGUGUUACUGUCCUUACCCUCGCCGCACAGGUUUCAGGUUUCAGGCUGCAUGUUUCAGGUUUCAGGCUGCAUGUUUGGGUAAGGGAAAGGUAACAGGUUGGGGUAGGUGUACAAGUGUUUACAGUACUUGGACUACUGUAGUUCGAUAGUGAGGUGCAAACCAAGUUGGCCUUUAAAAAAACUAAACAAAACGAAGGAACAGAUGUCAUUAUUUCUUUCCUAUUGUACACUAAUAGUCUAAUAUGGGCAAAAAGGGCAAGUAUUGAUCAAAAUCUACCUGCAGCUAGAUUCAGCUAACUGAUGGAUCAAUAAAACACAAGCGAAGAUGUCUUGGAGUGGCUCUGUCUGCUUUGCAGCUUGUCCCACACGCGGCGCUGGGUAUUGUUUUUAGUAUUGUUUGUACUUUAUUUUCAUGAAAGACUUGGUUGAUCCUCAUCUUGAUUGCUCAGUUGUUGUUGUUGUUUUAUUUGGUGUGUCGUGCUUUACUGUUUCCCAGCGAGCAUCGUUUUUUGGUUGAGCAGCUUCUUUAAGGGCAGGAAUUGGUUAAUAACAGGCAGCUUGUGAGACAGGCUAUGGAUUUUGAUGCUAAUGCUUCCAGAUGCAAUGGGGGAACACUGCUGUACUAGGAGGCUGUGUGGUCCAGUGGUUAAAGAAACGGGCUUGUAAUCAAGAGGUCCCCGGUUCAAAUCCCACCUCAACCACUGACUCAUUGUGUGACCCUAAGCAAGUCACUUAACCUCCUUGUGCUCCGUCUUUCGGGUGAGACGUAGUUGUAAGUAACUCUGCAGCUGAUGCAUAGUUCACAUGCCCUAGUCUCUGUAAGUCGCCUUGGAUAAAGGCGUCUGCUAAAUAAACAAAUAAUAAUUAACUAUGCAGAGCUCUGGAGCGAAGCACGGUACCUAUCUUAUCCUUCAGCCCUUAAUAUAUGUUUACAAAAGACGGAGUGUUUUUCCCCAUGUACGGCCCUGUUAAAGCUUGCUUUGUUAUGUUAUGUUGUCUAAGCUGAGCAGCACAGUGGAACUGUCCAUGGUGCUGAUUGUAUGAUCUGUGCCAGGAUUCUACACAGGAGCCUUUUUAUACAACUCUACAGGCGCCAGCCAAGAAAAGGCUGUGCAUUUUGUUCUUGUUACAGUGCUUUACUAAAAGAAAUGCAUGCAUGCAGUAUGUUUAUAAAAUGAAGCAAGAGUUUUAAAAAAAAUGUCAAUGCCAACGUGUGUUUAUUUUGACCAGUAUGUUAAAAGUCAUUGCAAGAAAAAUGAAACUACAAAGAAUAACAAAGUGCCAUACUAGAUGUAUUACAGAAACCACCUAGCAUCUGUACAAGUAGCUACAUCUGGUUUAAAUAGAAAUUGGGGUAUACUGGCUUGUGUGUGUGUGUGUGUGUGUGUGUGUGUGUGUGUGUGUGUGUGUGUGUGUCUUGAAAUAGAGCAUGCUUCAUUGACAGUGUGUCUGAAAAAACAGUAUGACCCUGUACUAUCAAAACUUAAUUAAUUUCUAACUGCCAAUGUAAAUAACUGAUGAAGGCUCUCAGCUACAAAUGUGACUAAUAUCGAAUACUCCAGACAUGCCUUUCCUAACGUUCUUCCCUGUCCUCAACCCCCUUCACACGUACAGCAGGACAUGCAUGUAAGCUGGUUGUGAUAUUGCACAGCUGUGGUGUUGAGCAUCAUAAAUCUUUUAUUAGGCAUAUUUUGCUUUAAAAAGUCUCUGUGUAAUGCACUCUGGCACCAGUGAAGUAUUCAUUAAAGGGUACAUUUCUGUGA